CAUGGACAAAUCUUCCAACAGUGAUGAUUUGGGUGCCAUGUCAUCUGCUGGUGUUGGUCCACUUGGUUUUCUAAAGUCCACGGUCAACGCAGCCUACUGGGAAACAUCAGAGCACCUCAUGCUUUCCUUUGGUGACAAGCUUUAUUGAGAUGCUGAUUUCAUUUUCCAGCAGGACUUGGCACCAACAGCCUGUUCAGUGACCAUGAACCCCACUGAGAAUCUAUGGAGUAUUGAUUGUCAAGAGGAAGAUGACAGACACCAGACCCAACACUGCAGAAGACCCAAAGGCCGCUAUCAAAGAACCCUGGGCUACCAAUACACCUCAUCAGAACUACAGGUCUCCUCCGUAUUGAUGCAGUAAUUCAUGCAAAAGAAGCCCCAACCACGUAUUGAGUGUGAAGAAAUGAACACACCUUUUAGAAGCCUGACACUUCUGUUUAAAUAUCAUUUAUAAUUGAUCCUAUAUAAUAUAAACUUUUUAUAGGACACUGAAUUUUGGGAUUUCAUUAUCUGUUAACAAAAAUCAUCAAAAUUACAAGAAAUAAAUGAUUGGAAUGUUUCACUCUGUGUGUAAAUAAUCUAUAUAAGUUUCACUUUCUGCAAUGAGUGACCAAAAAUCUUUACUUUUUCACCAUAUUCUAUUUUUUUUUAGAUGUAAAUUUAUUUAGUCCUAAGGAACGGGUAAUGAAUAUUUUCCUUGUGUCCAUUAAUGCAAGUCAUUGAGUGCUUUCCUCCGUGCAUCCAACAGAUGUCAGCUUAGUGCUGCAGAUGUGGCUCCUCGCUCGGUGCUGGCAGGGUGAGGAGGAUGCUGUUCGGAGCAAACUCGGCGCUGGGACCUAAUCGUAACCGGGACGAGCUCCGCUUGAUUUGGAUGUUGAGGAAAAAUGGCCACCGGUAAAAGGAAGGAGAGGAAGCGGUCACCACUUUUAGGUUUAAUUAUCGCCUGAGACAUAUGGAUGUACACGGAGCGACUCACACAUUGGAGGUUAUCGUCAACGUUCCCACAGAAGAAUUCCGCUUCAGACGCCGCUCACUGGGCUGCCUUUGCCCUGACAAAGCCGCUCAAGAUGAACAUGGUGAAAAGAAUCAUGGGGCGGCCGCGGCAGGAGGAGUGCAGCCCGCAGGACAACGCGCUCGGCCUGAUGCACCUGCGACGCCUCUUCUCCGAGCUGUGCCACCCUCCUCGUCACAUGACCCAGAAGGAGCAGGAGGAGAAGCUCUACAUGAUGCUUCCUGUAUUUAACAGGGUGUUUGGGAAUGCUCCACCCAGCGGCAUGAUGGAAAAGUUUUCCGACCUGCUGCAGUUCACCACCCAGGUGUCACGACUCAUGGUGACCGAGAUCAGACGCAGAGCCUCGAACAAAUCCACAGAAGCCGCCAGUCGAGCCAUAGUCCAGUUCCUGGAGGUGAACCAGAGUGAGGAUGCAAGUCGUGGCUGGAUGCUUCUGACCACCAUCAACCUGCUGGCUUCCUCUGGACAGAAAACAGUGGACUGCAUGACAACCAUGUCCGUACCCUCCACACUGGUCAAAUGCCUCUACUUGUUCUUUGACCUGCCCCACAUGGCCGAAGCUCCUGUGGGCCCCACUCCGCAACCGCCACAACCCCCACCCAACCAGGAGAAGACUCCAGGCCAGGCCCACACUCAGCCAGAGCUGCCCCUUGCUGACCGCCGAGCGCUGCUCCAGAAAGUCUUUGUCCAGAUCCUGGUGAAGCUCUGCACCUUCGUGUCUCCAGCCGAGGAGCUGGCCCAGAAGGAUGACCUGCAGCUGCUGUUCAGUGCCAUAACCUCCUGGUGCCCUCCUCACAACCUGCCCUGGAGGAGGAGCGCCGGCGAAGUGCUCACCACCAUCUCCCGACACGGACUCAGUGUCAAUGUGGUCAAAUACAUACACGAGAAGGAAUGUCUGUCCACAUGUGUCCAAAACAUGCAGCAGUCUGACGAUCUCUCCCCUCUGGAGAUUGUUGAGAUGUUCACCGGCCUCUCCUGCUUCCUCAAAGACUCCAGCAACGUGUCGCAGACGCUGUUGGAUGAUUUCAGGAUGUGCCAAGGUUAUACAUUCCUCUGCGACCUCAUGCUCAGGCUGGAACAGGCUAAAGAAGAUGAAUCUAAAGACGCUCUGAAGGAUCUGGUGAACUUGGUAACUUGUCUGUGCACGUAUGGGGUGACGGAGCUGAAACCUGCCGGCCUCACCACUGGAGCCCCCUUCCUGCUGCCAGGGUUUGUUCUCCCUCAGCCAUCUGGGAAAGGUCACACUGUUCGAAAUAUCCAGGCCUUUUCCGUGCUCCAGAACGCCUUCCUGAGGGCCAGAACAAGCCGUCUGGCCUGCAUGCUGCUGGACGCCAUCGGGAACAUCUAUGCGGCGGAGCCGGCAAACUACUUCAUCUUGGAGUCCCAGCACACCCUAUCGCAGUUUGCAGAGCGUGUAGCCAAACUUCCCGAACCCCAGGCCAAGUACUUCGAACUCUUAGAGUUUGUUGUCUUCAGCCUCAACUACGUGCCGUGUAAGGAGCUCUUCAGUGUUUGCGUGCUGCUGAAAUCGAGCACGUCGCUCUCCUGCAGCAUCACCGCCACCAGAACGCUGCUGAAGCUGGCUAGGCACGACCCGGUGUUCAGCGACGUGCUGCGGGAGGUCGGCCUCCUGGAGGUAAUGGUGAACCUGUUGCACAAGUACGCCGCCUUGCUGAAAGACCCGGCUUCGCAACAGCAGCCGCAAAAUAAUGACCAAGCUGACUGCAAAAACAACCUAAUAGCAGAGGAGCAGAAACAGUUAGCCUGGCUGGUGAUGGAAACUCUGACUGUGCUCCUGCAGGGCUCCAACACCACCAACACUAACGCAGCUCUGUUCAGAGAGUUCGGCGGCGCUCGCUGUGUCCACAACAUCGUGAAGUACAGUCAGUGUCGGGAACACGCCCUGCUCAUCAUCCAGCAGCUCGUCUUGUCGCCCAGCGGUGACGACGACAUGGGAACGCUGCUGGGCCUCAUGCACUCGGCCCCAUCCAGUGAGCUGCAGCUGAAGACUGACAUCCUGAGGGCUCUGUUGGCUGUGUUGCGUGAGAGUCACCGCACGCGGACGGUGUUCCGCAAAGUGGGCGGCUUCGUCUACAUCACCUCCCUCCUGGUGGCCAUGGAACGCUCGCUGUGCCAGCCUCCGCGACACGGCUGGGAACGGGUCAACCAGAACCAAGUCUUCGAGCUCCUGCACACAGUUUUCUGCACGCUCACUGCAGCCAUGCGCUACGAGCCGGCCAACUCGCACUUCUUCCGCACAGAGAUCCAGUAUGAGAAGCUGGCUGAUGCUGUGAGGCUGCUGGGUUGUUUUUCUGACACAAAGAAGCUGGGCCCCACAGGAGUGUUCCCCUCCAACGCUCAGCCUUUCCAGAGGCUGCUGGAGGACGAGGCUUCCUCCGGAGGCUGCGCUGGAGACAGUGUCUGUCCCACGCUCAAACACUGCAGCAAGCUCUUCAUAUACCUGUACAAGAUGGCCACCGACUCGUUCGACAGUCGUGCAGAGCAGGUGCCUCCCUGCCUGACUCAUGAAACCUCGCUGCCCUCCCCGUGGGGCACGCCUGCACUCGCCAGAAAGAGGCAAGGUUACUACGGCACAUCGGGCCCUCCUGCCCCAGUCAAAGCCCUGACGGACCUCAAACUCCACUCAGUGAACCCCUCCCACCCUGCUUCCUUCUCAUCCUCCUCUGAUAUGGUGGUCAUCCACCCAGGGGCCGUUUUGGCCAUGUUGGAUCUUCUUCCCUCUGUGUCCUCUGACAGCCAGCCCGAGCAUGCCCUCGACCUCCAGCUCGCCAUUGCCAACAUCCUCCAGCUCCUGGUGAACAGUGAGAGGAACCAGCAGGUGUUGUGUGAAGCCUGCCUCCACCAGCGGCUGCUGCAUCGUUGCAGUCAGGCCCUCGGGGAUGAAGACCACCCGCUGCACCCUCCUCUGCAGAGGAUGUUUGAGAGGCUGGCCUCGCAGGCCCUGCAGCCGAUCGCACUCAGGGAAUUUUUACGUCUCGGAAACCCUCUGAACUGUGGCGCUUGGGACAAGAAGCUCCUGAAGCAGUACCGGGUCCACAAACCAAGCUCCCUUGGCUACGACGCCGAGAUGAGAAACAGCAUGACCUUAUCCAUGGAGGGCUUCGGCCCCGACAGCGUCUUCACUACACCGGCAGAGGACAACGGUCAGUACCGAAUCAGCCGCAGUCUGGUGCGCUCCGCCGAGGACAGCACCGUGCCCCUCACCCGAGUCAAGUGCCUGGUGUCCAUGACUACCCCCCAUGACAUCCGGCUGCAUGGAUCAACCGUCACUCCGGCGUUUGUGGAGUUUGACAGCUCGCUAGAGGGCUUUGGGUGUCUGUUUCUGCCCAGCCUGGCGCCCCACAACGCUCCCACCAACAACACCAACACAUCCGGUGUCAGUGAUGGAGCGGUGCUCAGUGGGAUGGGAACAGGUGAGCGCCUGUUUCCGCCUCCCUCCGGUCUCAGCUACUCCACCUGGUUCUGUGUGGAGCGAUUCAGCACGGCUCCUCAGGCCCACCCGGUUCGGCUGUUGACCAUGGUCCGACGGGCCACCUCCUCAGAGCAGCACUACGUCUGCCUUGCCGUAGUUCUGUCCGGCAAAGACCACUCGCUGACUGUCUCCACCAAGGAGGAGCUGCUGCAGACAUACUCGGACGAGUCAAGUGAAGAAGCCUCCUUCUACGAGAUCCUGCCGUGCUGCGCUCGCUUCCGCUGUGGAGAGCUGAUCGCUGAGGGCCAGUGGCACCACCUGGUGCUCGUCAUGAGCAAAGGCAUGCUGAAAAACAGCAUGGCCACGCUGUACCUCGACGGCCAGCUCAUCAGCACCGUCAAGCUUCACUACAUCCACAGCGCGCCAGGCGGCUCCGGCUCCACCAACCCUCCUGUGAUGAGCACCGUUUACGGAUACAUUGGCACGCCGCCUGCGCAUCGCCAGCUUUCCAACCUGGUUUGGCGUCUGGGUCCCAGCCACUUCCUGGAGGAGGUUUUACCAGCUACGAGUGUAGCUGCUAUCUUCGAACUGGGACCCAACUAUGUGGGCAGUUUUCAGGCUGUCUACUUGCCCUGUAAAGACACAAAGAUGGAGGUGGCACCUGCCACUCCAGUGGCUUUGGUACCAGAGGAGAAAGUGUCGUUCAGCCUCUAUGGGCUCUCUGUCUCUACGCUCACUGUGGCUAAAAUCAGGAAAGCCUACAACAAACUGGACAGCAAAGCCAUCGCCAAACAGCUUGCUGUAUCGUCUCAUGAAAACGCGACUCCUGUCAAGUUGAUUCAUAAUGCUGCGGGCCACCUCAAUGGGCCAGCACGUACUGUUGGAGCUGCCGUCAUUGGAUAUUUAGGUGUCCGUUCGUUCGUUCCCAAACCUGUCGCCACCAACCUGCAGUAUGUCGGAGGUGCUGCGGCCAUCCUGGGCCUGGUUGCCAUGGCGUCGGAUGUGGAGGGGCUGUAUGCGGCUGUUAAAGCUUUGGUGUGCGUUGUGAAAAGCGACCCUCUGGCCAGUAAGGAGAUGGAGCGCAUCAAUGGCUACCAGCUGCUGGCUAUGCUGCUGAAAAAGAAGCGCUCGCUGCUCAACAGCCACAUCCUCCACCUCACCUUCUCUCUGGUGGGAACCGUUGACAGCGGCCACGAGACCUCCAUCAUUCCCAACUCCACAGCUUUCCAGGACUUACUCUGUGACUUUGAGGUUUGGCUUCACGCUCCCUACGAGCUCCAUCUGUCUCUCUUUGAGCAUUUCAAUGAACUGCUGACAGAAUCCAGUGAGGCAGCCAAAAACGCUAAACUCCUGCGGGAGUUUCAGCUGAUCCCCAGGUUAUUGCUGACGCUGCGGGACACGUCUCUGUCGCAGCCCACGGUGGCCGCCAUCAGCAACGUUCUCAGCCUGCUGCUGCAAGGUUUUCCGAACCCCUACGACCUGCUGAGGUUCGGCCAGUUCAUUUCCUCGACUCUUCCCACUUUUGCUGUGUGUGAGAAGUUUGUUGUCAUGGAAAUCAACAACGAGGAGAAGAUCGAUGGAGGUAAUGACGACGAUUUCAGCGGCCUCCUGUCAGCCAGCUUAAUUUUACUGAGAAAUCGACUUCUGGACAACCUGCUUAAGCUGCUUUUCACCACGAAAGAGAAGUGCACAGUUAAUGUCCAGGCGUGUGAGGAGCUAGUGCGAACUCUCGGCUUUGAUUGGUUGCUGAUGUUCAUGGAGGAACAUCUCCACUCGACCACGGUGACUGUGGCUCUGCGGAUCCUGGUGGUGCUGCUGUCCAACCAGCCCAUCCUGAACCGCUUCAGAGAGGGCUUGAGUGGAGGCGGCUGGCUGGACCAAACUGAUUCCGUCCUGACCAAUAAGAUCGGCACAGUUCUGGGCUUCAAUGUGGGUCGCAGUGCUGGUGGACGUUCCACAGUGCGAGAGAUCAACAAGGACGCCUGCCAUUUUCCAGGGUUCCCUGUUCUGCAGACUCUGCUGCCCAAACACACAAAUGUUCCUGAGCUCUACUUCCUGCUAAUGGCCCUCUUCCUGCAGCAGCCUGUCAAUGAGCUGCCAGACAGCCUGCAGGUACAUUUUGACCUGGAUUCCAUCUGGACGUUUAUCUUCGGGAUGCCUGCCUCCAGUGGGGCAGUGGUGGGCUCCAUCCACAGCGUAUGUACUGAGGCUGCCUUUCUACUGCUGGCCAUGCUACGCAGUAUGCUCAAUCUGCCGUGGCAGUCCGAGGAGGAAGGUUCCUGGCUCCGGGAGUACCCGGUUACCCUCAUGCAGUUCUUUCGGUACCUUUACCACAACGUGCCCGACCUCGCACCGAUGUGGCACAGCCCUGAGUUCCUCUGCGCGCUGGCAGCCACAGUCUUCCCCUUUAACAUCAGGCCUUACUCUGAGAUGGUGAGUGAUUUGGACGACGAAGCCAGUUCUCCAACUGAGGAGUUCAAGGCCUUUGCUGGGGACACUGGUAUGAACCGCAGCCAGUCUGAAUACUGCAACGUGGGCUCCAAGACCUCCCUGACAAACCACCCUGCCAAAAAAUAUGUCUUCGACUUUAUGAGGGUCUUGAUCAUGGACAAUAUGUGCAUGACCCCCGCCAGCAAGCAGACGCCUAUUAUCGACAUGCUGCUGGAGGCCUCCCCAGAUCGCUCCACCAGAACUCAACAGAAGGAGUUUCAGUCCAGCAUCCUGGACGGCGUCAUGGAGCAUCUUCUGGCUGCAGACGUCCUUCUAGAACAAAAAGUACUUUUUGGAGUAGAAGGAAAGUCAAAGUGCAUGUUAUCAAAAGUGGCCUAUACGUUCCUGAAAGUAACUGGUGAAGACGCCUCUCUGCCUCUCAGCACCGGUGGCAGUUACCAGAUCCUGGUCAACAACGUCUUCUACUUCACACAGAGAGUCGUGGACAAGCUGUGGCAGGGAAUGUUCAGCAAGGACUCCAAGCUGGUGGUGGACUUCAUCGUGCAGCUGAUUGGACAGUCCAAGAGGCGGUCCCAGGGUCUUUCCCUCGACACCAUCUACCACUGCCUGAACCGGACCGUGCUCUACCAGCUCUGUCGACCUCACAAGACGGUAGCUCAGCAGGUGGCCCUGCUGGACGCCCUGCGGGUCCUGACGGUCAACCGCAAUCUGGUACUCGGGCCGGGCAACCACGACCAGGACUUUGUGGCCUGUCUGGCUCACUGCUUCAUCUGCCUGCAUAGCGGGAGCAGCGUGGAGGGCUUCGGUCUGGAAGCGGAGGCCAGAAUGACUACCUGGCACAUCAUGAUGCCCGCAGAGAAUGAAACUGACUCUACACACAGCCACGAUGUCAGCGAAGGACGGCAGCUGCUGCUGAAGGCUGUGAACCGUGUGUGGACAGAGCUGAUGCACAGCAAGCGUCAGAUGCUGGAGGACAUCUUCAAAGUGUCUCUGCCCUGCAACGACAGAGGCCACGUGGACAUCAACACAGCCCGCCCCGCUCUGGAGGAACCUGCUCUGAAGAGCUGGCAGAACCAUCUGGCCCAUGAGAAAAAGUGCAUCAGCCGCGGUGAAGCUGCAGCGCCGGCCGCCCAGUCCAAACUCUCCAGGGUCAGCAGCGGCUUCGGCCUGUCCAAGCUGACUGGUGUGCGUCGCAACAAGAAGGAGAACAGCCUGAACAAAAACAGUCCGUCUGCACAGGAGACUUUCCAGUGGAUGUUCACGCACAUCGCAGUCGUUCGGGACCUCGUGGCUAUGCAGUAUAAAGAAUAUCAAGAGCGACAGCAGAACGCCCUGAAGUACGUGACCGAAGAGUGGGCAGCCAUCGAGUACGAGCUGCUGCGUGAGCGAGGCCUCUGGGGCCCGCCCAUCGGCUCCCACCUAGACAAAUUUACGCUGGAGAUGACGGAGGGACCCUGCCGGAUGAGGAAGAAGAUGGUCCGCAACGACAUGUUCUACAUUCACUACCCGUACAUCCCUGAGGCCGAGACAAACACGAAUUCUGCACAGCCCUUCUCCCCACCUCUGGUGCCCCUAUUCCCCUCAGCUCAGAAGCCUGUGCGGUACCGCCGAGCCAUCAGCUAUGACAGUAAGGAAUACUACAUGCGCCUGCUGUCUGGAAAUCCGGGGAUGUACCAGCACUCUGUGGAGCACACCACGGAGGGAGAGACCACACAGCAGGAGCCAGAGCAUGGAGAGGACACCAUCGCUAGAGUUAAAGGUCUGGUGAAGGCUCCUUUGAAGAGGUCACGUUCCACAGCAGAUGGUGCAGAUGAGGACAGUCAAGAGCAGCUUCAGGACCAGCUGCUGGAAUUAGGAGGUCCCGAAGAGGAGCAAAGGACCGACAACACAUCCCUGUUGCGCCUCCUGGAGGAGGGAGAGAAGAUUCAGCACAUGUACCGCUUUGCCAGAGUGCAGGGUCUUGACACCAGCGAGGGCCUGCUGCUGUUCGGCAAGGAGCACUUCUAUGUCAUCGAUGGCUACACCAUGACUGUCUCCAGGGAAAUCAGAGACAUCGACACACUGCCGUCUAAUUUGCACGAGGCCAUUAUCCCCAGAGGGGCACGACAAGGCCAGAGCCAACUGAAGAGAACCUGCAGCAUCUUCGCCUACGAGGACAUUAAGGAGGUUCACAAGAGGCGCUACCUGCUACAGCCAAUGGCGGUGGAAGUCUUCUCAGCAGAUGGAAGGAACUACCUGUUGGCCUUCCAGAAGGGUGUCCGUAACAAAGUUUACCAAAGGUUCUUGGCGGUGGUGCCGUCGCUGGCUGACAGCUCGGAGUCGGUUUCAGGUCAGAGGCCUAACACCAGUGUUGAACAAGGGUCCGGACUUCUCAGCACGCUGGUUGGUGAGAAGUCAGUCACUCAAAGAUGGGAGCGGGGAGAGAUCAGUAACUUCCAGUACCUGAUGCAUCUGAACACGCUGGCAGGUCGCUCAUACAACGAUCUGAUGCAGUAUCCUGUCUUCCCCUGGAUCCUGGCUGACUACGACGCAGAGGAACUGGACCUGAACAACCCCAAGACGUUCCGGAACCUGGCCAAACCAAUGGGCGCUCAGACCGAUGACCGGCUCACACAGUACAAGAAGAGAUACAAGGACUGGGAAGAUCCCAAUGGUGAAACCCCAGCCUACCACUAUGGGACCCACUACUCAUCUGCCAUGAUUGUAGCCUCGUAUUUGGUCCGGAUGGAGCCCUUCACGCAGAUUUUCCUCAGACUUCAGGGAGGUCACUUUGACCUGGCGGACAGGAUGUUCCACAGCGUCCGGGAAGCGUGGCUCUCUGCCUCCAAACACAACAUGGCCGACGUCAAGGAGCUGAUUCCAGAGUUCUUCUACCUGCCUGAAUUCCUGCUGAAUUCUAACAACUUUGAUCUGGGUGCCAAGCAGAAUGGCACCAAGCUGGGUGACGUCAUCCUCCCACCCUGGGCCAAAGGUGACCCCCGGGAGUUCAUCAGAGUCCACAGAGAGGCACUGGAGUGUGACUACGUCUCCGCCCACCUCCAUGAGUGGAUCGACUUGAUUUUCGGCUACAAGCAACAGGGACCCCCAGCUGUGGAGGCCGUUAAUGUCUUCCACCACUUGUUCUACGAGGGUCAGGUGGACAUCUACAACAUCAAUGACCCACUGAAAGAGACGGCCACCAUCGGCUUCAUCAACAACUUUGGGCAAAUCCCCAAACAGCUGUUUAAGAAGCCUCAUCCUCCUAAACGUGUUCGUAGUAAAGUCAACGGCGACAUAGCAGCCGUUCCUCCGAACUCCAACAAUGACAAGAUCUUUUUCCAUCAUCUAGACAAUCUUAGACCUUCUCUUGCUCCUGUCAAAGAGCUGAAGGAGCCCGUGGGACAGAUCGUGUGCACCGAUAAAGGCAUCCUGGCCGUGGAGCAAAAUAAAGUUCUGGUUCCACCCACCUGGAGCAAAACGUUUGCCUGGGGCUACGCCGACCUCAGCUGCCGCUUGGCCAACUAUGAGUCCGACAAGGCGUUGGUGGUUUACGAGUGUCUGUCAGAGUGGGGUCAGAUUCUCUGUGCCAUAUGUCCCAACCCAAAGCUCGUCAUCACCGGGGGCACGAGCACCGCCAUCUGUGUGUGGGAGACGGGAAGCUCCAAGGAGAAGGCCAAGUCCCUGACGCUCAAACAGGCAUUACUUGGCCACACGGAUGCUGUAACGUGUCUGACAGCUUCGUCAUCCUACCGCAUCGUUGUGAGCGGCUCCCGGGAUCGAACCUGCAUCAUCUGGGACCUCAACAAGCUUUCCUUUGUCACGCAGCUGCGGGGACACCGCGCUCCCGUCUCCGCUCUGUGUAUCAAUGAGCUGACAGGGGAUAUCGUGUCCUGUGCAGGCACAUACAUUCACAUGUGGAGCAUCAACGGCAGCCCCAUCUCCAGCGCCAACACCUUCACUGGCCGCAGUCAGCAGAUCCUCUGCUGCUGCGUUUCGGAGAUGAACGAGUGGGACACGCAGAACGUCGUCGUCACCGGCCACUCGGAUGGAGUCGUCAGGUUUUGGAGAAUGGAGUUCCUUCAAGUCCCAGAAACCCCUGCACCAAAGCCGACGGAACCUGAUGUGCCCGAUUGCUGUGCAGACGAGAAGAUUGAGGGCGGUGAGAGUCACAACGGUGAUGAUGACAGUAGUGAGUCAGAAGGAGAAGAACCGGCGGCGCCACACAACCCGUCAACUGGUGGAGGCAGCGGUAGCCAGCCGGGCAGCGCCGUCCACAGACCCAGAGGUCCGUCAUCUCGAGCUGGAGCAUCGUGGUCAAUGGACAGCGGCUCUGACGACUCUCGCCGCUGGUCCGACACACUCAGCAUCGACGAGAAGGACGGCUUUGUGUUUGUCAACUACUCUGAGGGCCAAACUAAAGCCCCCCACCCUCAGCCGGCUCAUCCAGGCCAAGGAUCCCUCCCUCAGCCUCUCCACCCGCCAGCCGUCGAGCCACGGACGUACAACCAGCUUAAAGCAGGAUACAGGUGGGAGCGCCAGCUGGUCUUCCGGAGCAAACUCACCAUGCACACAGCAUUCGAUCGCAAGGACAAUGCUCACCCAGCUGAGAUCACCUCUCUCUCCAUCUCCAAAGACCACAGUAAGAUCCUGGUUGGCGACGGGCGCGGCAGAGUUUUUAGCUGGUCGGUGAGCGACCAGCCUGGCCGCUCGGCGGCUGACCACUGGGUGAAAGACGAGGUGGUGGACAGCUGCUCCGGCUGCACGGUCCGCUUCUCCCUAACAGAGCGACGCCACCACUGCAGGAACUGCGGGCAGCUCUUCUGUCAGAGGUGCAGUCGCUUCCAGUCUGAAAUCAAAAGGCUGAAGAUUUCAUCUCCUGUGCGAGUCUGUCAGAACUGCUACUACAACCUUCAGCAUGAGCGAAGCGUCGAUGACGGCUGCAAAAACUGAGGUCCACCUGACAGGGGAGCAACCACCCGAAGAGUGCUUCAUUCCUCCAUCUGCCCUCCAUAUAACCUGAAACUUCCCAGAAUCCCACCUUUCUAAUCCUCUCAAAUGUCAGAAUGUUUGAUUUGCACGGAGAUGGGGGCCGGAUCGAAAAGGAAAAUGUGGGAAAGAAACUCAGCCAUCACUUUAACCACAUGCACUCAUCAUCUGAAAGGGAAAAAAAGUGAAGCAGCUCGUCUGAAUCAAUCACUCGCCAUUUUCACUUAGCAUCCAGGAGCAGAUAUCCUUUUCCUUGUGUCACGGAAACCAUAAAAAAAAAAAAAAAGACUUGUUUAAAGUGUAAAUACUUAACCACGGCCUUUUUAACUCUGCAAACAAAAAUUAAGGUGAUUUAGAACAGCUUGCUUGUAACUUAGCGUUGUGACUAACCACUCCUUGCUUUAAAGAAAACCAACUAAAGAUUGUGUGUAACCUGCGUCAAAAGCCACAGCGAGUCCAGAGGACAUACGGAGGGUUAUGAAUGUCAAAAUCUCAUGUCUGUGGGUCAAGUUAUGCAAAAAUAGCUUUUAUAUAUAAAUAAUUUUCUGAUCACCUUGUUGUUUACAAAAUGUGAGAGAGAUUGAUCAUGAAAUUCAGUUUUUUUGCCAAAUAGUUUGUUUUUAAACUUAUCAUCUGCUUCUGUUUUCCAUUUGGAGGUUUUUCAUUAUAGUUGCUGCUGCACUUUGAAAACUGGAUGUCAUCAGUUCCGAUUUUUAAACAUAUCACUCUGUUUAUUUAGUCUGUUUUUACGAAAUCCAACAAAAGGCUGAGAUUCGUUUAAAAUGUGAAUUUAUUUACCGACACGCUGAGGUUUUUUUCCACAUUGCAGUCCAAGCAGCUUUUUAAAAGCACACAGAAAAGGGACAUUUUAUAUUUUUACAGCAUUCAGCACAAUCUAUGUUCAAUUCUAGCUGCAGCCUAACUGAAGAGAGAAGGCAUAGAUUAUCAUAUUUUGGGUUUAGCAUUGAGUCCACUUUUAUUUUUGUGGUCAAAUAUUGUCCUCCUAGCCCAGCAGAGAUGGUGAUGGGGCGUUUAAAAGGGACAAUAAAUGCAGCUAGUGUAUUUUAUAUGGCCCAAGCUUUUAUUUACUGACACUUCGAUCAGCUCAAACGUUUCCAAAAACAUGGAGGGUUGCAGCAACAUUUAUUCUUCUGAUUGUCCCGUUUUCAUGUCCUUAAAGGACAUAAUUUAAUGAACUAAAGUUUUACUACUUUUAACAUUUUAUGUUGUGGUAAAAUUUGAUUGGUUCGUACAACUGCAGUUGUAUGCUGAUGACAAAGUUGUGUUUCAUAAAGUUUGUCGUGUCUUAGAAAGAACUGAGCCAGAAACCUUUUGAUUACUAGUCGGUUGGCAGUCCGACCCUCGCCUGUAAAUAUGAAAUAUUAACGAUGACCAAGACAGAACGAAAUCCCGUUAAGAGUUUCUUCAUCUAAUAGGGAGGUCGAAGUAGAUCCUCUGCUCCUCUGCAUAGUCGGUUCAGGUGGUUCAGGGAUCUAAUUAGGACGAAUCUCUUUAGGGAAAAACACAGAAUAUAUGUCAUUUCUGGAGAUCAAACCUCUUGGGAAUGAGCUGAAAAGUGUUGAUCUUCUGCACCUGUUAUCCCCACAACACUAAUAUUGAAUAAGCAGAAAUUGUAAAGAAGGAUAAGGAAUAUUUGACCCAGACGUUUAUCUAGAUCAGGGCUCUGGAGCCACAUGAGGCUCUUCAUGCUCUCCUCCGUGGCUCCUAAUAACUCUGGCCAUAAAUAAUAAAUAACUGAGCAGUGUUAAGCUAAUAAAAAUACUAGCUUCAUAAUGUUUUUUUCCCUGUAUGUUUUCAUGCAAUAUCUGCAUUGGAUUUCCAGAAUGACACUAAUCAGUUAGUAUCAACUAUCUGCUGUUUUUUCCUUUUUCAUUUCCCAUAAAUAUGCACACAUUAUAUAAAACAUAAAAAUAGAAACAAUUCUUUCAUUUAAAAUGCAAACAAAGUCUCUAUGUAGGCAUUUCUAAAUAUUUAAUUUUUUUUCAAAGGGCCAUGUAGCUUUGGUGGUUCUGAGCAAAUUUCAUAUAGAGGAUUGAUGUGGUUCUUUGGACCAUAAAGACGGCGGACCCCUGAUCUAAAUAGACGAUUAAUGUAGCCUGCCUUUAAUUUAACCAGCGGUUAUUUUAGUUUAGAUGAGCUGUUUAAUUGCAGUGUGUGAAUUGAACCUAAAUGUCUCAUUUGAAGUAACUUGAUCCUUUUUAUUUAACUGCCUCCUUUCAUCUCUUCACCCUUCUUUUCCUUCAGCUUCACAUUCAAGUCCUACAUUAUUUAGAGAACUUUGAUCCGUUCGAUUCCCACUAGAUCCCAGCCGUUUGCCAUAAAAACACACACACUCUUUUCCAUACUGUAACUCAGUGCAAUCAUCAUCAUCAUCUCGCUGAAAAGGCCGUGUUUCUUUACACUUUGUAGAAAACAAAAAGCAGAGAGGAAUGAUGAGUUUUUACUGACGCAGGUUUACGUUGUCAUUUCAACAGAGAGGUGCAUUUUUCUGCAGAUAGAUUAACUGUACAGAGUAUUUAUGCAAUUAUAACUGGUUUUAGAUUUUUUUUUUUUAUGAUUUCAGCAAGUUUUGUUACUUGUUGCAUGUUUUAUUAACACAGCUGACUUUCUGUGUCAGUGUAUUGUACAUGUUAGAUUUUUUUUUGCUGGAUUUAUGCUUUUGUUUUUAUCUCCGAGGCGUUGACUGAUGAGCGUCCGACUGACGCAGACCCCGUUCGCGGCUUCGGGUGGACUUUUGUACUCUUCACGGAAAGAAACUAUGAACUAAUGAAGGAACGAAGAAGGAAAAAAAAAGAGGAAAAUCCUGGAUUAUUUUGGUGGUCUGGUAUUAGACUGCGUUACUACAGUAUCUGGUGUGCAAUCUGUGAUAGCUGAAUGUUCCUUGUAUCUUUGUGUUCACUACAUCCUACGAGAGAAAACUAAAAAAAAAAAAGUAGAGUAACACCCACGUCCCUGUUACAGGAGCAACAUGGUUCAAUAAUGCAAUAGAGCUGGUACUUAUUUUCAUUUCAGUUCAAUAAAUAAUUGCUGUUUACCACCAAA